AUGGAGUGGGAGGGAACGGCGCUAUCUGAAAAUCGACCGCCGGCUGACGUGCACUUAGCCACAUGUGUAGAAGUGCACGUUGUCGUCCUCGUCGCCCCUCCAGCGGCUGGCCGGCUCAACAGGAAAAACCGAUUGAUUGCCGUACGGAACGAGGAACAAUCGAUGCCUAGAAAACUUCCUUCUUUAGUCUUUGGAACUGAAGUGCGCGUCUGCGCGCGUUCAGCUACAUCAGGCCAAGUCUGUCCCGCGGUACCCGCGUUCCCUACCCCGUUUACUCAUUCCUAG